AUGGAUGUGAUGGAUCAUGGCAGCGAUAUUGAGUCCAGGGAAAUCCUGGAGCACGAAGGACACACGUACGAGAAAAAGUGGAUGGGCAACACCGUCGUGGUGGCCGCCAAUAACUGGGUGCUGUGGAAAUGCGUGAAAAGCUGUUGCCCUGGACAGAUUGCCACGACCGCCGUCCGGACGAAGCGAUGGCGGCGACCACGGUUCACCGUUCGUCGGGUCGUCGCCGGCAAUCGGCUGACGGCGUUCGUACCGCGGCGGUCUCACAAUCACGCGCCCGUGACGGUGAGUGGAAAAGAGACGUCUCAACAGAAAGGGACAAUGACUGGCAUAGCCAAACUGACGCCGAUGACGACAAGUGCCAUAGCCAAACUGACGCCGAUGACGACAAGUGCCAUAGCCAAACUGACGCCGAUGACGACAAGUGCCAUAGCCAAACUGACGCCGAUGGCGACAAGUGACAUAGCCAAACAGACGCCGAUGACGUCGCCUACUACAAGCCUCACUGACGUGUUGGCUGCCCCAAGUUUUAAAGAGUUGAAUGAAAUUGAUGCAUUUCAUUCGUCGGAACCAAAAUCAUCACUUUCACCUACGGAUAUUGAAAAUAUAUAUUCAAUUAAUCUUGAUAAUGUGCCAAAAAGUAUGGAAAAUAUUGAACAAACUGUGACUACUUUUGAUGAUGGUAACAAAAUGCCAAAUAUUAAUGAUACAACGGAAUUUCAAGCAGUCAAGCUUGUUAGCCUUAUUGAUCACCAAUCAAAUUCCAAAGAAAGACAUUUAAAAGACAUUAGUGUUACAGUUAAUAGUACGAAUAUUAUUGAAAAUAUAAAAAAAAAAAAUGGUGUACAAAUUAAAUAUGGUAGUUCAAGUAUGUCCACUCAAAAUAAAAAUGAUGAAAUCCUGUGUCAUAUAUGUAGUACAUUUUUUGAUGAAUAUUGUUAUAAUCAACACAUUCAAACCACCAGACACAUAAGUGCAUGUGAGGAAACUUUUAAAGACCGUAUUGAUUUUGAAAAUUAUAGAAUAUUUUCGUGUUCAGUUUGUGUUACUAGAACAGAGUUUUUUAAGACUAUUCAACAAUAUUUUAAAAUUUUAGUAGACCAUAUAAUUUUAGAGCACAAUACACUUGUGGUAGAUAUAUAUUUUUUUGCACUUUAUCACGAAGAUAGCUUAAAUAUAGAAAACAAAUAUAUUGCCGAAGUAAAACAUUUUGAUGUUUAUAAUAAAGAAUUGACCAAAAACACUGAUAUAUAUGAGCUGUACAAAGAUAUUGUGAAAUCAUUUAUGUUUCAAAGUGAUGCAUUACAAACUGCUGAAUCUAAUUGGACUCUGGAAGAAAUACUUUAUGUUGAAAUAUCUAAAGCAAAAAUAUUAUGUGAAAAUGAAGUUUCAUCAAAAUCCCUUGUCGAGAUCAGUGAUAAUAAUGAAAUUAGAGAUGAACAAAUUAGCACCGGUAAUCCUAAAAAGACUGAACCCCUUCAGCUGAUUCGGUGUAAACUAUGUAGUAUAUAUGUAGUUCAACAAAAUUAUGAGCAACAUCAAGAGACAACAGCGCAUAAAAUUUCACUUUUUUAUUUAAAAAAUGAAAAAGUACAAAUAAAUGGAGUUCAAAGUGACAACUGCUUUCUAAGCUGUCGAAUACUCUCACCAAAAUAUGUUUCAAUUGAUGACUUUUUCCAAUCAAUUGAGUCUGAUGUAGUGGAGUUGAUUGCUAGAAUUAUACAAUUACAAAACGGUGGACCAAUCAGUGUCAAUAUAAAAAUGUUUGGACUUUAUAAUCAUAACAGUUUAAUAAGUGAACCUGAUACUUUAGGUGAUGUCAAAUCUUUCAUGAUAAGGCAUGAGAUUCUAUCUGGAGUUACAAUUUUGUUACAUUGGUUUCAAAAAAUACUAAAUAAAUUCAAGUCCCACUCUCAACAAUAUUUAAAAUCCAUGCCACAAUCCUAUUAUUUAGAACGUGUUAUGUUUUUAGACCUAUGCUUCUAUGAAAUUACUAGUAUACAAGAGACUAAACAUUGA